UCACAAUGCUGAUAAACCAUUUGCAUGUGAUAUUUGUAAUAAAACAUUUGCUAAAAGAAGUACUCUAACGAGACAUACAAGAAUUCAUACUGGGGAAAAACCAUUUGUAUGUGAGAUUUGUAAUAAAACAUUUACUCUAAGAUACACUCUAAUGGCACAUACAAGAAUUCACAAUGCUGAUAAACCAUUUGCAUGUGAUAUUUGUAAUAAAACAUUUACUGAAAGAAGUGAUCUAACGAGACAUACAAGAAUUCACACUGGGGAAAAACCAUUUGUAUGUGAGAUUUGUAAUAAAACAUUUACUGAAAAAAAUACUCUAACGAGACAUACAAGAAUUCACACUGGGGAAAAACCAUUUGCAUGUGAGAUUUGUAAUAAAACAUUUACGGAAAGAAGUACUCUAAGGGCACAUACAAGAAUUCAUACUGGAGAAAAACCAUUUGCAUGUGAGAUUUGUAAUAAAACAUUUACUGAAAAAAAUACUCUAACGAGACAUACAAGAAUUCAUACUGGAGAAAAACCAUUUGCAUGUGAGAUUUGUAAUAAAACAUUUGCUAAAAGAAGUACUCUAACGAGACAUACAAGAAUUCAUACUGGAGAAAAACCAUUUGCAUGUGAGAUUUGUAAUAAAACAUUUACUGAAAGAAGUACUCUAAGGGCACAUACAAGAAUUCAUACUGGAGAAAAACCAUUUGCAUGUGAUAUUUGUAAUAAAACAUUUACUGGAAGAAGUAAUCUAAACGCACACACAAUAAUUCACAAUGCUGAUAAACCAUUUGCAUGUGAUAUUUGUAAUAAAACAUUUGCUCGAAGAGACAAGCUAAAUGCACAUAAAAGAAUUCACAAUGCUGAUAAACCAUUUGCAUGUGAUAUUUGUAAUAAAACAUUUACUGAAAGAAGUACUCUAAGGGCACAUACAAGAAUUCAUACUGGAGAAAAACCAUUUGCAUGUGAUAUUUGUAAUAAAACAUUUACUGAAAGAAGUAAUCUAAGGGCACAUACAAGAAUUCACAAUGCUGAUAAACCAUUUGCAUGUGAUAUUUGUAAUAAAACAUUUGUUCAAAGAGGCAAUCUAAAUGCACAUAAAAGAAUGUACACUUGUGAAAAACCAUUUGAUAUGGCUAUAAAUAAUAUUAUCAAAGAAGAAAAUAUUAAACUUGAAAAACAACUGAACACAGAAUUAAUAAUCAAAGAAGAAAUAUUAGAAGACGCUGAUGAGGACAGAAAAAUGCAACAUGAACUACAAGAAGACAGCAACAGUGGUAUGAUGGAAGAUAUACCAAAAAGUUUUAAUACUAACAUUAAAUUUAAAUCUGCACAACCUGCAUUGCGAUUUUUAGUAGACAAAUUGAAAUUAUUGUUUUGCGACGACAUCAUUGUGUACAAAAUAAAAGAUGAUUAUAUUAUUUGUCUCAUUGAUGCACGUGAUAAAGUUUUAAGUCGCGAUUGGUAUACACAACAAGUAGAACGAGAUCAAAAGUACAGUUACAGACGAAACGCCAACAUGGCAAUUAAUGCAUUUCAAGAUAUGGAUAUAAAUAAUGUUAUCAAAGAAGAAAAUAUAAAACUUGAAAAACAACUGAACACAGAAUUAAUAAUCAAAGAUGAAAUAUUAGAAGACGUUAAUGAUGACAUGGACACGGUCAUUACAAUGCAAGAGGGACAAAUUGAAAAUGAACUACAAGAAGACAGCAACAUUGUUAUAAUGGAAGAUAUACCAAAAAAAUUUGGUAUAAACGAAAUUUUAGCUGAAAAUGUAUUAGAUCCACAACAAAUAAAUACUAGUACAAAACUAUCAUGUCAUAAAAAAACUAUCACCGAGAAAAAAACUAUUGUUAGAGAAAAACGAUUUACAUGUGAUAUUUGUAAUAAAACAUUUACUAAAAGAAGUAAUCUAAGGGCACAUACAAGAAUUCACACUGGGGAAAAACCAUUUGCAUGUGAUAUUUGUAAUAAAACAUUUGUUCGAAGAGACAAUCUAAAUGCACAUAAAAGAAUUCACAAUGCUGAUAAACCAUUUGCAUGUGAUAUUUGUAAUAAAACAUUUACUAAAAGAAGUGAUCUAACGAGACAUACAAGAAUUCACACUGGAGAAAAACCAUUUGUAUGUGAGAUUUGUAAUAAAACAUUUACUGGAAGAAGUAAUCUAAGGGCACAUACAAGAAUUCACACUGGAAAAAAACCAUUUGCAUGUGAGAUUUGUAAUAAAACAUUUACUGAAAGAAGUGAUCUAACGAGACAUACAAGAAUUCACACUGGGGAAAAACCAUUUGCAUGUGAUAUUUGUAAUAAAACAUUUACUGGAAGAAGUAAUCUAAGGGCACAUACAAGAAUUCACACUGGAAAAAAACCAUUUGCAUGUGAGAUUUGUAAUAAAACAUUUACUGAAAGAAGUGAUCUAACGAGACAUACAAGAAUUCACACUGGAGAAAAACCAUUUGUAUGUGAGAUUUGUAAUAAAACAUUUACUGGAAGAAGUAAUCUAAGGGCACAUACAAGAAUUCACACUGGAAAAAAACCAUUUGCAUGUGAGAUUUGUAAUAAAACAUUUACUGAAAGAAGUGAUCUAACGAGACAUACAAGAAUUCACACUGGAGAAAAACCAUUUGUAUGUGAGAUUUGUAAUAAAACAUUUACUGGAAGAAGUAAUCUAAGGGCACAUACAAGAAUUCACACUGGAAAAAAACCAUUUGCAUGUGAGAUUUGUAAUAAAACAUUUACUGAAAGAAGUGAUCUAACGAGACAUACAAGAAUUCACACUGGAGAAAAACCAUUUGUAUGUGAGAUUUGUAAUAAAACAUUUACUCUAAGAUACAAUCUAGUUGCACAUACAAGAAUUCACAAUGCUGAUAAACCAUUUGCAUGUGAUAUUUGUAAUAAAACAUUUACUGGCAGAAGUAAUCUAAGGGCACAUACAAGAAUUCACACUGGGGAAAAACCAUUUGCAUGUGAUAUUUGUAAUAAAACAUUUACUGGAAGAAGUAAUCUAAGGGCACAUACAAGAAUUCACACUGGGGAAAAACCAUUUGCAUGUGAUAUUUGUAAUAAAACAUUUACUGGAAGAAGUAAUCUAAGGGCACAUACAAGAAUUCACACUGGGGAAAAACCAUUUGCAUGUGAUAUUUGUAAUAAAACAUUUACUGGAAGAAGUAAUCUAAGGGCACAUACAAGAAUUCACACUGGGGAAAAACCAUUUGCAUGUGAUAUUUGUAAUAAAACAUUUACUGAAAGAAGUGAUCUAACGAGACAUACAAGAAUUCACACUGGGGAAAAACCAUUUGUAUGUGAGAUUUGUAAUAAAACAUUUACUCUAAGAUACCAUCUAGUGGCACAUACAAGAAUUCACACUGCUGUUAAACCAUUUGCAUGUGAUAUUUGUAAUAAAACAUUUACUGAAAGAAGUAAUCUAAUGGCACAUACAAGAAUUCACACUGCUGAUAAACCAUUUGCAUGUGAGAUUUGUAAUGAAACAUUUACUCGAAGAAUCAAUCUAAAUGCACAUAAAAGUAUUCACACCGGAGAAAAACCAUUUGCAUGUGAUAUUUGUAAUAAAACAUUUGUUCGAAGAGACAAUCUAAAUGCACAUAAAAGAAUUCACAAUGCUGAUAAACCAUUUGCAUGUGAUAUUUGUAAUAAAACAUUUACUAAAAGAAGUGAUCUAACGAGACAUACAAGAAUUCACACUGGGGAAAAACCAUUUGCAUGUGAUAUUUGUAAUAAAACAUUUACUGGAAGAAGUAAUCUAAGGGCACAUACAAGAAUUCACACUGGAAAAAAACCAUUUGCAUGUGAGAUUUGUAAUAAAACAUUUACUGAAAGAAGUGAUCUAACGAGACAUACAAGAAUUCACACUGGAGAAAAACCAUUUGUAUGUGAGAUUUGUAAUAAAACAUUUACUCUAAGAUACAAUCUAGUUGCACAUACAAGAAUUCACAAUGCUGAUAAAUCAUUUGCAUGUGAUAUUUGUAAUAAAACAUUUGUUCGAAGAGGCAAUCUAAAUGCACAUAAAAGAAUGUACACUUGUGAAAAACCAUUUGAUAUGGCUAUAAAUAAUAUUAUCAAAGAAGAAAAUAUUAAACUUGAAAAACAACUGAACACAGAAUUAAUAAUCAAAGAAGAAAUAUUAGAAGACGCUGAUGAGGACAGAAAAAUGCAACAUGAACUACAAGAAGACAGCAACAGUGGUAUGAUGGAAGAUAUACCAAAAUGUUUUAAUACUAACAUUAAAUUUAAAUCUAUAAAAUAAAAAUGAAUCGCUGAAUGUGUUGCUAAGCGCAAAUCUCGGCAGCAGCUGAACCAACCGAUUUCGCUAAUUCUUUUUUUAUAUACACAGAUUAUAAUUUAUUACUUAAAUAGAUAGGCAUCUCUACUGUACAUGAAAUGUUGUCCAAAAAGCCCCCUGGAGAAAGGCACUUACAAUAAACUUUUUUUU